AUGUUGUUUGUCAAGGUGGUCUUUCUAGCAAUCUUCUCCAUUGCAGCGGCAGGCGAUCCAUUUGCGCAAGACGUUUUGCUGUUUGUAUUGAAUGAGUACGAGGGAGCUAAGUUACGAACUACAAAUGGUAAUUCCACAGCUAGUGUAGUAUCUAACAAACCCAAGUUGAAUAGGAAUGCUAAUAUCGAUGCAGGCACUUCCGACGCUCUAGUUGCAGGUGUUUCUCCCAUCACUAACGGGCUUGCUCCGUUAGAAUUCAUUUCCAAUGACAAUCUUGUUAGACAAGCAGAUGUCAGAGUUGAAACAGGACUCUUCUUUGAUCUUAAUAAAGAUGAGGACUGCGAAGAAGAAGUAAAAGAAGAUGACUGCGAGGAGAGUAAGUGGGCCAGGUUUUGGCCCUUUUCCGUCGAGCCCGAUGCUCGUAGACAGAUAAUCCAAGUCCCCUCACAAGAGCUCCUUAAGCCAGCGUUCGAGGACUCCCACGGUCUCUUCUCGAGUGGUGCAAGGACGAACAAUACAACAAAGUUUAACUUAACAAACUACAGAAAAGAAGUAUACCCAAUUGCUGUUACUCCCGCUGCUCUUCAAUAUUUCAACAGGAGCAAGUCCGAAAGUACUCAACUGAGUCAUAAAGUAAAGCCAAAAGCAUCCAACUCCUCUCUGCAUCAUCACCAUAUUCCUCAGUAUACAGUGAAUGAUACUGCUGCUUACAAAAUCGACAAUGAGGAGUCAAGCGCCACAAGAUUGACUGGACGCUUACUAAUGGGUACAUUAUUGCUAUUUCUAGGAUUUAUUUAA